AUGGAUGAGAUGCUUCAGUUUGCCGUGAAUUAUAUAUGCGGGAGAAAUGGACCUAGAUCGACAAACUGGACCGACCAGGACACCUACCUUGCACAUGCGUACUUCACUCAUUUCAAAAAUGAGGGUCAGUACAAAGUGAGCUGGACCCUGACCUGGCAGAGUUACGACGUGGACGCCUUUGAAAAGAAAUUCGACACCUCUAAGAUGAUCAGCAAUAUGACCACUUGGGCAACCUAUUUUACCACUCAGAGUUCCGCCCCUACGGUGGAUGUCGUUGCUACUACAGCAAGCAACGGCAAGACUUGCCCCGAGGACUACGGCGUGGUACCCAACGUUACCGACGAAACAAUGAAUGUUCCCUGGAACGUGAGGUGGUCUGGCCGUGACUACACGAAUAACACAUGCGCGGUGGUGGCAAACUCUACUCCGACUCUCACGUCCAGCCCUAUCAGGUCCAUAUUGACAACACCACUGUCGCAAGCAUGGAGGCCUCUUACUCAGCCAGAUUAUGCGGUGGUUUAA